AUGGGACGCGACCGUGGGGCAUCAAUCAAUCGCUCACGACUGGCCCAGAAGUACCCCAUCAAGCUGGUGUCAGCGAUUUUGAUUGCCUUUGCCAAUUCGAUAGGUAUCUCCUCAGAUCUGCUCUACAUUGUCGAUGGCCAGAAGACUCUGGAAUGGGAACAGCACCUGGAGCAGAAUCUACUUUUGUCAGUCGAUCCUGACCCUGAUCGAGCUCCACGAGCUGGUCAUAAAGAACCACGACAUCCUUGUGUAUGUCUCGAUGAUCCUUCUGAGAUUCAUGCAGUACAGGCAGAGUCCCUUGCUGGUGAUGAGGAGAUCGACCCUGAACAACCAGACAAACCAGAACCAGAACAUUUUCCUGGCAGUCAUCCUCUCUCCUUAGAAGCUUUGGUGAGAAGGGCUCAUGAUGGUCUUGGACAUCCUGGGCGGGAUCGGUUCUUACGAAUUUUGAAGAACAGUAAAGCCAGCCAAAAGGUCAUGGACAUUGCCAAGAACCUCAAAUGCUCAGUUUGUGAAAAGUUCAAGCUUCCACGACCAUCUCGUGUGGGAGCACCUCCAAGGGAGAUUGGCUUGAAUGAAGUAGUUGGCAUUGACACCUUCCAGCUCAGGGUCCCCUUUUCAAACAAGACCAAGUACUGCUUAAACGUGGUAGACUAUGGUAGCCACUUUCAAUUGGUGAUCCCUUUGACUGGACAUACAGCUCAUGAAACCCGAGCUGGUUAUCGACUGUGGCUGAAGAUCUUUGGGCCGCCACGAAAAUUGCUGUGCGACUUAGGUCGUGAGUUCCAGAAGGAGUUUGAGAACCUGGCUGAGUCAGAUGGAACUGAGCUUCUGCCUUCAUCCUUGGAGACGCCCGAACAGAGAGGCCUUGUCGAACGUCAGGGUCAACUUUACAAGGAGAUGUUCUACAAGACCAUGGAGCAGAUCCAAUGCACUGACUGGCCUACUUGGUUUCAGACGAUCGACCUUGUCUGCUUCACCAAGAACCGAUUGCUUUCCAGAGGUGGCUUUUCACCGGCGCAAAGGGUUUUUGGGUAUCAACAACGAAUUCCAGGUGGACUGAUGUCAGGAGGUGAAUCUGAUUUAGCAGUGCAAAGCCUUGCUGCCAUUGGUGACACUACGGUGGCCAAGGCCAUGAAUAUCCGGAAGGCGGCAUCUGUGGCCUUCCAUGAGGUAGAAUGUCAACAGGCAGUCAGAGCUGCUGCUACUCAUGGCCCUCGACCUCAUUAUGACUAUGAGACGGGCCAAGCAGUCUACUUCUGGAGACGAAGCACAGACACUGCUCGAAAACCACCUACGUAUUUCUGGCAUGGACCAGCACGUGUGGUGGCCACCCAACUGCCUACCACAGUUUGGUUGUCAUUCAACCACCACCUCAUCAAGGCUUCACCAGAAAAGAUUCGACCAGCUGCAGAAGAGGAAUUCCUGUCAUUGUCAGGUUGGCUUGAAGGUAUCUCCAACGCCAAGCGCCAGUUUGAGACCGAGAAUGUCAAGGGCAUCAUCGACUUGUCCAAAGAUCAAGAUGCUCCUGUUCCAGAUGGAGAUCGAGAUUACUGGCGCCAAGAAGGAGAUUUUUGGAUUCGAGUUCAUGUCCAGCCCCGAAAAGAACUUUAUCAACCUGACGAUGAUAUGGAACUACCAUUUUUCACUCAGCAGUUGAAACCAUGGAGGAAGUCUUGUAUGACCCUAGAGAGUGGCACUGAAGAGAUUUUGGAGGACCGUUGGAACCUUGGAGCCAACGUUCCACUCCAUGGAGAACUAUGGACUGGCGAGACGUGGUUUGAAAUGAGUGAUGGCAGCCAGCCAUCCACACAACUUUUCAAAAGAGAAGCUCAACCAGAUCCACUUCCGCGACGUUUGAGACAGAAAACCAGACCUAGUGAAGUGGAACCCUCGCCUGAGAAGGUCGAGGUGCCGCCAGUGGGAGCACCUCCUGGCCUUGAACCUCCAACUCCAUUGACUGAGGACGGCAAGAAUUCUGACCUUUCGGUCUAUCCUGAAUCCCCUCUGCCUGAGGAAAACAUCGGAAAUGAUGAGGAUGGUUUGAUCGUCCAGGAGAGCAUCAAGCCAGAAGAUGUGCCUAUACCGCCUUCAGUUGAAGGAGAUCGAAAACGAGAUCACGAUGAUGUUAGCCAGACAGAUUCCGCCUGGGAAGCCAUCCCUGUGUCAAAGCGAAGCAGACUAGACCUCCUCAACAUGUACUACACAGAGCUAGCAAACAAAUCAGCACAACGUCAGAAGAAGGGAAAAGAAUCUACCUUCCGAGAUUUUUCUGGAAGAGAUGCUGAACGUUUACAAAGGGCGAUCCACAAGGAGCUCAACAACAACUUGGCUACUGGAGCCUAUGAAAUUUUGGAUCCAGUAACUUCAGCUUUGAUCCGGAAGAAUGCCCCGGACAAGAUCAUGAAGUCCCGCUAUGUGCUGACAAAGAAGCCCAUUGAGGAUUUUGCCGUUGAGGAUGCAAUGUCCGCUGAUGAGGUAUUAGACUCAUCUCCACCAGGACAACCAUGCAAGGCGAAAUGUCGCCAUGUGAUGCAGGGCUACUCUGAGUCAGCCUUGCUGGAACUGGAGACAAGCACUCCUCAAGUGCACCGAGACUCAGUGAUUUUUGUGGCUCAGAUCAUGUCAAGUAUGGGUUGGACACCAGGUUUUGCAGAUUUUACUCAG